CGCCGCCCCCCGCGGGGAGGAGACAGCGGCGAGAAGGCGGCGGCGCUUCCCCUCAGCCCUCUCAGGCCCAGCCCGGGCCGCGCCGGGCGUUGCAUCGGGAGGGCAGGAGGGCGAGCCGCCGAGAGGGGCUGCGGCCCGGCGGGCAGCAGCCGCAGGAAAAUUGGAUGGCUGGGUGAGAACUGGUUGUCCAGAAGAACCACAAUCGUGGCUGAGGAUUACAACAUGUCUAAAGAAAUGCAAGAGCUGCAGAAGCAAUGGCACUCCGUGGUGCAGUCCAUCCACAGCAACUCAAAUGUAGUUGCAUUUAUGAAUUCUCGCGUUGGCCAAUAUUUAGAUGAUCAUCCUUUUGUUGCCUUAUCACUCCUCAUGUUUAUUGCAGUGUCUGCUAUUCCUGUUGCAUUUUUCCUGAUUUUUGUUGUUACAACAGCCAUAAUGGCCUGUAUUGGUGUGAUAGUUAUGGAAGGUGUUGUAAUAGCCAUAGGUGGCAUAACCCUGCUUUGCGUGCUGUGUGGCCUGGGUGCAAUUUCACUGGGUGUUUCUGGAGUACUUAGUGUUUGUUACAUCGUUCUUUCAACUCUGGUCAACUACUGGUAUGCUUCAAGGGGUCAGAUAAGGAAGCAAGAAGUUAACGGAAGUUUGCCGCAGAAGAGUCCUUCUGCCUUGGAUCUUUCUGCCAGCAAUGGAAAGAAUGAAUAAGUGGGUUUCUGCCACUUAACUGUACUACUUUGACCUGUGCAAUGUAAUUGUGUACUCAUUGAGCAUUCAACCUCUGUGCACUCCUUAAGGGAACUGAAGAAAUCAGUAUGCAUUUUACAUUGUCCCUGUAAAACUAAUACUAACUGUUAAGCAGCAGUCCAUUGCAAUAUUAAGUUUAUGUGCAUGAUGGAAUGUUCCAAAGAAUUUGGUAAAAGGAUGUAAUAAUAACAGCUACUGUUAAGUCAGUGACAAUUAGGUGAAAGGAAGGGUAGGCAGGUAUUUUACUUCCCAUUUGUUACUAGAAUUCUGGAUGUACUAUCUUGAAAUUUGUAUGUAGCAGUUGGUCAUUUUGAUACAUAAGUGUCAAAGCUCAGAACACCAGAAGUGUGUUUUGAAUGUUAAAAAAUAUUUUUAAGCCUUAACAGCCUUUGUUAAAAUAGUAUGAGCACACCAUGCUAAUGUUUUAUGUGUAUAAGAGGAAAAUUGGGUUCUAUCAUAUGUUAAGUUAUGCUAUAAGCUUUUAUAUACCUUUAGAUGUUGCAUUAUUCUGAAGGGAUAUUUUCCUUAUUGCCUCAUCACAUCAGUGGUACGCAAUUACAUCUUGCAUUUUGUUGUGUUUCUUUGGGUAUUUAAAAUGCCUGUUUUGCUUCUCAGUUGUAACUUCUUGUAUAUUAUUUAAACUUUUUUUUCAUUUUUUUCAAAUGCUAUGGUAUUUCUAAGCAUCAAGAAAGUAUCUAACUAUAUUAGUUUAAUAAAGUGCUGUUUAACCAG